AUGGCUUUCAAUAUGGAAUCGCUCAAGCGUGCAUUGCACCUCUCAAAAAAUGAUAACGAAUUGGAGUCCUUAAACCUGGAAGGUUUUCCUCCUCAAUUUGUUCUAAUUCAAAUAGGCAUCGCCGAGCUUAUCAGAGAUGGUAAAGUUACGAACAUCAUCACAGCCGUUGGUGCCGGAAUAUCUACUGCCGCCGGAAUUCCGGAUUUUCGUAGCCCAUCGACAGGAAUCUAUGACAAUCUUGAGGAGUACGAUUUACCCGACCCAAUGGCAGUUUUUGAACUGAGCUAUUUCCAUAGCAAUCCAAAACCGUUCUUUGAAGUCGCUCGGCGUCUCUACCGUCCCUACGCAAAGCCAACUACUGCGCAUUACUUCAUCAGACUUCUGCAUGAAAAGGGUGUACUUUUGCGUCAUUAUACGCAAAAUGUGGAUCAACUCGAGCGCAUUUCCGGUCUACCGGAGGACAAAAUGAUUGAGGCUCAUGGCUCCUUCCACACAGGGCAUUGUCUCAAGUGUCGAAAGGAAUACCCAUUUGAAUUCUUCAAAGGCCAAAUUCUUGCCAAAAAUGUGCCGAGGUGCACGGAAAGAAAUUGUGACGGUGUAGUGAAACCUGAUGUUGUCUUCUUCGGUGAGGGACUUCCAUCGAACUUCACUCGUGGAGAUUUCCCAAAAUGCGACCUCCUGAUUAUAAUGGGUACCUCACUGCAGGUGCUCCCCUUUUGUGGCAUUGUUAACUGCACCAAACGCGGAGUCCCUCGUCUCUACAUCAACCGCGAGUACACAGACGGAUCAACCUCGGGUUUUGUUUCUUUCAUCAUGAAAUGGAUGGUCGCUGGAUUCCAAUCGAAGCCUUUGCAAUGGGGCAGGUCUGGCAACAAGACGGAUGUCUUCGCCAAAGGCGACGCCGACGCUACCUGCCUUCGGUUAGCCGAACUAGUCGGGUGGAAGGAUGACUUACUGAGAAUUCAGUCAGCCAGAAACGCUGAACUGGAAAAGCAAUUCGAAGCGGAACGCCAAAAGCCAUCGCCAUAG